CGAUUGUAUAGGAAUGCCUGUGAGUCGUGCCAUAGAGGGCUGUACUACUUAUAUCACCGCCUCGACCUGCUGGCUUGAUCUCUAAUUUAAGGUUAUGCUGGCACAGCGAAACGGGAUACUAUAUCAUUCAUAUAUGUUGGACCUGAACUGUCAACCAUGUUUGCCUUGGGGAACACUACACUGGGGGCAACCACGAGUAUAGAGGUGCUAUGAAUAGCGUGAUGGACAACGAGAAUUACAAAGCGCGCUCAUCAACCUAGGUCUGAUGAACUCACUGUGGCCACCAGUGAUCAUCGGGCUAUCAAUUGCCUUUAAAUAGCCAUUGAUCGCAUUUCACAGCUACUGGCAACUGAAGCCUCUGAUGUCAACUACCCCGCUUCCAGACAUACCCAGUCUCAACGACACCUAUGGCGCGGUUCUCCUGGGUCUUGUUGCGGCAUCGACGCUGUUUGGGUUUAGCACUGUGCAGGCUUUCAUUUACCUCCGGACACAUACUCAGACUUCGGACCUAAAGCUCUGGAAACUAUCGAUCUACGGUCUUUGGUUCCUGGAUGCUUUGCACCUUGCCUUGAUAACCAUCAUGGUGUACCAUUAUCUCAUCACGGAAUACUUGGAUCCAAUCGAGCUUCUCCAAAUCACAUGGAGCUUCAAGGCAAAUGAGGUGGUUUCCAUUUUGAUGAUCUACUCUAUUCAUGUGCUGUAUACUUACCGCCUCUGGAUUAUGAGCAGAGGGAGAAAUUGCACCCUCCCGAUGGUGGUGUCCAUUUUAGUCAUUCCGACAGUUACAGCCACCUCAAUAAUACUUUGCUGGGCAAUCUUUCGAAGUGACUUAUGGAGUGAUGUAUUGAACAUCCAAUGGGCGAUUACAUUGACGCUGGCAAACAUGGCUGCGGUUGAUAUUAUUCUUGCCGCAAGUUUCUGCUACCUUCUAUCUUCCGCUCGCACAGGGUUUGGCCCGUCCGACACUCUAGUUGUGAAGAUAAUGGCUUUCACUUUUGAUACUGGCCUGCUAACGAGCAUAUGUUCUCUCUCAGUUCUUCUAGCGUGUGUGCUAAUGUCCAGCAAUCUGGUAUACGUCGGUAUUGACCUUGUGGUCACCAAAUUAUACAUCAACUCCUUCCUCGCUAUG